AUUUCAACUUAAAACCAGAUCGAAAGGAGACAAGAGACAAGAUCCCCUCAUCAUGUCUCUUCGGACUGUUGAAUGUCUGUUUGCUCAGUGUUUGGAGGAGAAGACGAGCGGACCACAUUAACGUGUUGAAACGCCAUUUAGCGUUGGACAGCGGAGGCAAGUGGGCUUUUCAAACAGCUUUGGCUUCUUUUAAUAUGAUAUCCGACGUUGUGAUACAUGCAUUGGCGUAUAAGGGGCCAUCCAUAUUUCUCGGCAUCUAAUUUUUUUUUUCCACCAGAGGAGUGAUAUAGCCUGCUCUGACGUCUGCAUCAGAUAUUACCCAGUGCUUUUUCAAUGUGCAUUUUCCCCUCAGUGACUUUGCGCUGAUCUACAUCAUCAUCAGCAGCAGCAGCAACGGGGGGAAAAAAAGGGAAUGAAGAUUUCAUUUUUCUUUUUUUUAAACCCACCGCUCCCCUUCAGCCGACCAGCGUUCCCAACUCAAACAAAUAUCUUUUAACAACAUCACGUUGUGGAAUAGUCUGGGCGCCGGAGCAUCGCUGGAACCAUGCCUCUUCUGCAGAUUUGGACUGGGAAAUUUCAUCCACCAAUUUGAUCACCAAGAGGCUGCUGCUCAGUCAUUCAUGCCAGUGUUUGUUUUUUUAAGGGGAAGAAGACUUGUCAUCACUUUUAAAAGUAUUGUGUAUGCUGUUUUUUGAGCAAGAUGUCUGAUCUUCUGGUGUUGGUCGAGGGGCUCUGUGACCUGCACGGAUUUCCAUAGCCGGGGAAGAAACAGCGGGGGCCAAUUACCACAUUUCUUUAUUUUUUUUUUAUUAAAUCAAGAAGCCUGUUUUAAUGAAGACAUCGCAUGCGUAAAUGUAGGCUAGUUUAUUCGAUAUUUUUAAAAGGCAAUUAUUUUUUUAAUUGCCAGUUUUUACUUUGUGCAUUUUCUGGAGGGACCACUGGACUGGUUGGAUUAUAGAAACUAUAUAUAAGGAUUUGUGGAGAUGUUGGGUCGUCAAGAAGAUAAAUUAUGUGGAAUUUUCUCUGCUCUGGCGGCUUUGUCCUUCUUCUGCUUUGUUCAAAGCUCCUCCACUGGAAGCUCCGGAAUGUCUGUGGCCAAGACCACCGUGGACAAGUUGCUGAAGGGAUAUGACAUCCGUUUAAGGCCUGAUUUUGGAGGUCCUCCAGUCAUCGUAGGAAUGAGCAUCAACAUAGCGAGCAUCGACUCCAUCUCAGAAGUUAACAUGGACUACACCAUCACAAUGUAUUUCCAGCAGAGCUGGCGAGAUAAGCGUUUGGCCUAUGGUGAGCUGAAGCUAAACCUGACUCUGGACAACCGUGUAGCAGAUCAGCUUUGGCUCCCUGACACCUACUUCCUUAAUGACAAGAAGUCCUUUCUUCAUGGCGUGACGGUAAAAAACCGUAUGAUCCGACUGCACCCGGACGGCACUGUCUUAUACGGGCUGAGAAUAACCACCACUGCUGCUUGCAUGAUGGACUUGAGGAGGUACCCUCUCGAUGAACAGAACUGCACCCUGGAAAUUGAAAGCUACGGAUAUACCAGAGAUGACAUCGUGUUCUUCUGGCAAGGAGGAGACAAUGCUGUGACGGGCGUCGACAAGUUAGAGUUACCUCAGUUCUCCAUUAUAGACGUCCGCUUGGUGUCCCGGGAGGUCUGGUUUACUACAGGUUCAUAUCCAAGGCUUUCGCUGAGUUUCAGGAUUAAGAGGAACAUUGGAUAUUUCAUCCUGCAGACAUAUAUGCCCUCCAUCUUGAUCACCAUCCUCUCCUGGGUCUCCUUCUGGAUCAAUUAUGAUGCCUCUGCAGCUCGGGUGGCCCUGGGUGUGACAACGGUGCUUACCAUGACAACAAUUAACACCCACCUUAGGGAGACUCUCCCAAAGAUUCCGUAUGUGAAAGCCAUCGACGUCUACCUCAUGGGCUGUUUUGUGUUUGUGUUCCUGGCCCUGCUCGAAUAUGCCUUUGUAAAUUACGUGUUCUUUGGCCGGGGCCCUGCGCAACAGAAGAAAAUCAAUGAGAGGCUGAACAAAGCCAACAACGAGCGCACAAGAUACGAAGAGAAGCGCCUGAGGGAACAGGACUCCAUUUCCGUGCCGUUUCAAACCAACACCUUCAGGUCAUUUACACAGCGAAGAAAUCUGUAUCUCGAGGAACAAAGAAAAGUUGGGGUGGAUGCUUAUGGAAACAUCCUCCUCACCACGCUGGAGAUGAACAACGAGGUGAUGCCUUCUGACGUGGGUAGCAGCGUCAGUGACUCUCGGAAUUCAGUCAUGUCCUUCGACAGCUCCGGGGUCCAAUUCAGGAAGCCCAUGGCGCCCCGAGAUGGCUUCAGCCACCACUCGCUGGACCGGAGCGCCAUGCGGAGCCGGGCCAACUGUCGGCUACGACGACGCUCCUCCAAGCUCAAGUUGAAAAUCCCAAACCUGUCAGAUGUUAGCACCAUUGACAAGUGGUCCCGGGUCAUUUUCCCUAUCACCUUUGGAUUUUUCAACCUAAUCUACUGGUUGUACUAUGUGAAUUGAUGUGCAUCCCACUAGGAAUCAUGGGCCAUAUUUUGAGAGCACAUUAAAUUGGCUUUGAUACAGUUCCAAAAUAUGUAUACACAUAUACAAGUUGAACAUAUGUAUAUGCAUAUUUCUAUAUAUUAUAUUUAUAUAUACACGUGUGAAACCUGAAGGACCUCUCUGCUGUACAAAGUAUUAAUAGGAUGACUUGAAUGUUUAAGAAUAAUUGUGAGAGAAGAAUUUCAAGGCUUUGAGUUUCUUUUUCCUCCUGAAAGAAAGAAAGAAAGAAACAAACACGAGAUCCCACCCGGGAGUUUUUGGAACUAAAGACUGCAUGAUAUUUUUGCUAAAAAAAAAAACACAAGGAAAAAAAGAGAAAGUGAAAGCUCUUGAGAGAGAAAAGAUGUCUCAGAGUCCCAUUGACUUUUUAUUGACACUUAUUGUAAUCAGAAAUCCUCUACUGCAGCUCAUGAAAUUAGUGGUGGCUCGUCUGUUCAGGCAUCAGCUGAGUGAGAUCCUUGACACCCCCCCUUCCCUCCCUCCACCAGCCCCACCACCCUCACCCACCCCGCCCAUGGAUAACAUGCACGGAAAUCUCCGGUUCUACUAUGUACAGCAACCUUGUUUGGAUUAUGUGUUGUUCCUUGGGUUUUUUGAAGUGAUAUCGUUCUCUUUAUCAGACAUCAGCUCUGGCCUAAUGGGCUCCGCGUGGAUGGUAUGAUUGACCGCCGCAUUCCCGCCCAGAGUCAACGCAAAUUUGUGUUCCUUUCUCUUCUCAUGUUAUUUUUAGAAACACGUCCUUGGGGGAGGGGUGGGGGGGUCUUUUUCAUUAUGGUUGAAAACAAGUGCUGAUUAUUGUAGAUAUGAUUUUGUCUUGAAAAAUACUGUGAUUUCAGAGGGUGUCGGAACAUGUUCUAGAGCUAGGGCAUUAUGAGAUAAAAGAGUCAAAGGUAUGCAUUACUCAUUUUGAUUGUGUGAAAAAAAACAUAUUCUAUACAUUUUAUCAUUCAGUAUUCUCAUGAAAGUAUACUUGUACUGUUGAUUUCCUCCUAUUGAUUGAUUCCCAUGCUCUUUAGAUGCAGAGUUCAUUGACGUCAUAUCCUGCUUUGUGUUCGCUGAAAGGAAAUGGGAGGCUUUUGUGAUUGAAAUGAUUCCACAGUGACAAUGUGAGGACAUAUAUAUUCAAAAGAGUCAACAUAUCAGCCCGCAGUUUGACCAGUUGUCAUUCAGUAUACAGUAUUUUUGUUUGUUUGUUUGUUUGUUGAGCAUUUGUGUUGGAGUUGCAGUUUGUGAAGGCGAGAUAAUUUGAUUGGGAUUGUAAAGGGCAGCCCGGGCUGAAGACGUGAGGAGAAGGAUUCAACAUUUCACACUCAAACUCAAUCAGUGCCAUCACACAAACGCUCCGAACCCCGAGGAUCCGAAACAUCAGCCUAAUCAGGAAUGAUGCACUGAUUCUGGGGGAGAAAAUGUGUGAUAAAUAGCCAUGAAUUGAGAACCAAAAGGCCUAUAAUCCAUAUGCAUUAUUGUUUUGUUUUGCUAUCAAGCACACACACACACACACACACACACACACACACUGCAUUUCCAGUGCUCAGGUUCAUUUGUAAAUGGAAAAAACUACUUUAGGACCUUGAUUUUGUUUUUAAUUCAACUGGAUAACAGUGAUGUGCAGGGCAUGAAUGACUCUUUUUACUGACUCGGGAGUGACAAGUCCUCAUCCCCGCUAACUCGUUCACUGACUCACCCCUACCUGCUACUAGCUAGUGUGCAAAGACGAGGCCAGACAACGUGUUACUCACACUAUUGCGCAACUCUUAUAUUCACUGUAUUUCUGGAAAUGUCUUGAGUUAAUUAACCUUGACUACUUUGGCGCUUGUUUCAACACAGUGUUCGCUCUGCCAGCCCAGAGCUGAAGGUCUGACUCGGGCUGCUUGAGCACUUGAACACUUUAUACUCAGCUGUCACCUCCAGUUGAGCAUCUCCGAAACAGCUUGAGUGCUUUUGAGCAAGACCCCAGGAGCAGCGCCAGGCUUUGAGGCCAAUUUAACCAAGUGGUCAAACUAUGUAAUUACAACUUCCCAGUUCCACAGCAGAAACAAAAUGUGUUGUUCUCACACACAAUCAUGGGAAUAGGAGCAUUUUUUAAACAGUCAAUAAUUAUUUUUCUCUUUCAAGCAACCCUCGUGAAAUGACUCGUUUUACUAUCAGAGUUUGAUCCAUUUGGUCUGAUAACAUUUGAAAAGUCUAGAGGAGCCACAUGAUUAAGUUAUUUUAUCCCCAUUCAAGUUAGAGGAGGGCUAAACUGGAAUUUAAGGGUAGUGCACAUGUCUUGUUUGCAUUAUUGUUAGUGCAGACGCAUAGAAGGCAUGCUCAAAAGUGAGAGCAACACCCUUGUGGCACACAGCAAUGAGCACCGCAUCUCAUUUGACGAGGGACAACCAAUCACAGUUGAUAUCAUAAAUAUCUGUCUAUGGUAAAUAUGAAUAAGUUAUCCAUUUGAGUGCAGGGCUUUACGAUCUGUCCCACAGAUAAUUUAACAUAUUCAAAACAAAGCCUGAAAGAAGAUCAGCUUCGAACUCAGGAUUCUAGUAAGAAGGCCGUGAUACAGUGGUAUUGAUCACUUUGCAAUGUCAGGCGCAACCUCUGAAAGCUGGCACAGAGUAGGCACAACAGCAGCAUCCAGCGCUCAACCUCGUUUUUUCCAGGAGAUAAAAGACGCAGAACGUGUCCGCAAAAGUCUCUGGUGCGUGAGCUCUAUGGCAGUUGGAGCCGGUGGGGGUUUCAUCUCUCUGUGGGUAACGGACUCGGUGAUUCGAGUGAGUCAGUAAAAAGGGUCGAACCUCUAAUCUCUGCUGGAUAAUCACGUGUUUAUGGGUUGAAUCCAAAUCAGUCACCAAAUAAAAGUCAAACAGACAAUGAAGGGAAAUUAAAAAAUUACAUAUAACACAUCCUCCCGUGCCUGUUUGGCUUCAGCUGAAGUGCAGAUCGGCAUCUUCUUUGUGUCAUCUCCACUUCAGGCACAAACAGGCUCCACUGGGAGCAACAGGCUCCUAGUAAAACCUGUACAACCAAAUCUACCAGAAAGGUCCUAUAGCAAAAAGAAAAAAGGUGAUUGGCUGAUUAGAAUACACAGUGCGGUCCCUGAGAACUAUACAUAUGGAAAAGAGACGGAAAUUUUCAUAUACAGUACACAAGCACGUGGGGAUAAGAGGAAGAUGGAAGGGCUACAGAGAAAUCAAUUUAUCAUCAGAAAUAUCCACUCCCCUCUGGAGCGCUGAGUGUAGUAUGCUUAAGAUGUCCUCAAAAAAGAAAUACUGACCAAAAACCAAUUUGUCUCCGCAAGUCAGAGAGACGUUUGUACAGGCCCGAGCUGUGAUCCCAGUUUCGUAUUUCUUUUUGUUUAAAUUUCAUGCAUCAUUGUCAUUUGUACUGUUGAAGCAAAAGGAAAAAAGAACGAAAAAAAAAGAUUCCCCUUUAAAUAUCCAGUAAUCCCUGAAAAUAUACAGGAAGUAUCUAAAAUGGUGAGAGUAACAGGAAGAUGUACUGAGCUGAGUGUUAUGUUUCUGUCUGCAGUUGAACAAUCUGUUGUUUGUCUCCCAGUCAACUGUGAGGUCCAAGGGAUUACAUGACCAAAACAUAGUGAUAAGUCUUUAAUGUGAAGAAAGUAAAUUUGUUGUUAUUUAUGAGAAAGUUGGCAACGAGUCAACGGGUGCCACAAUGAGCUAAAUUAGCAGUUUCUAUUGUGUUACAUAGAGAAUACAUAUUCAGUAUUAUACUGUAGUUGACAGGUGAGAUUAAAGCCUGAGGAAGUGGCUUAAUGUGCACAAAUUUUUAAAGCUGCCAAAUGGAAGUAAGAUUGAAAUGCAAUGAACUUGAAUUCAGUAGCAUCAGUUGUUUCAGCGUGGGUGUGUUAUGCUAGUAGCGGCUAAUGUAGCCUCGGGGCGCCAGCCUCAAGCAGGGCAGGCUGUUCUCUUUCACUGUUUGUACUGAAAAGUAAUGCACUAUAAUUCGUAUGUAACCCAUGUAAUCAUGAGCCAGGAGGCUGUGAUCAUGUGACUUACACGCUGCAGGUUGUCCUCCCUCAUUCGACAGAAGCAAAGAAGGAAGUAAGGUGAGGUAGAUAAAUAAAGAGCGAGAAGGUCUGCUUACAGAAGGUCGGGGUGGUGGAUGGGUCAAACAAACACAGGACUUUCACCCAGACAAACCAAUCUUCAGAUUCAAUGUUGGCAUUGCACGUUUCUGCAAACCACGGAUACGUUACAUUUGCAUGUUAUUAUGUAGCGGAUACAUUGAAACUUCACGUUUCAACGAUGCUUAAUGUGUAGUUAGGUUUAGGCACAAACACUACUUGGUUACUGUUAGAAAAAGAUCAUGUUUUGUCUUAAAAUACCCACUUUGGGGGCACAAUCCCUCUUGUAAAGGCAGUAAUGUCUUUGUAAAAAGCAAUCACUUUUCAUGGCACUAUUCCCGCUGGAAAAAACAGCCACAGGCACUAAAAAAUCCCCCACAUUUGGGGGCUGAAAGUCGUGAGAAAAAGAGCCUAGCUUCCCUAAAAUAAGAAAAAAUGGGGUGCCCCAAAAGUUGAUGGAAACCGUGAUGACUUGCUAAAAAACGACCACUUUUGUUGUUUGUUGGUCUCGAACAGUAGUCUGCCACCCACCAACCCCUCCACCUCCAGAUGACAAAGUCAGCCCAUAUACAUGAUUAUGGGUGAUACGUAUGAAAUGUAUAAGUGUAACGUAUUUGUGGUUUGCAGAAAUGUACAAUGCCAACAUUUUCUUCUGCUAACUGGGCUGACCCAGGAGACUGGGGUCCAUGUCAGUUACUUUAAGAUAUUUACAAACGUAACAUCACAUCAUAACGUUACCUCAAGUACUUAACGUGACAAUGCUCAACCAUGAUUCUAUUCCUACACCUAACUUAACUGGUAGGGGCGCUAAUUUCCAAGAUAGCAAAGAACCCCCACAGAUUAAUUUCAUCUUCAAACUUAUAGUCUUCAGACCCAACUGAGGCCAACUCAAGUGACAUCACUUAGGAGCAUAUAUCAGACUUCACACAUCUCCCUUCUGGAGCCACAAAAGGCUUUAAAAUUAUUUUCUUUUUUUUCACAAAUGCAGUAGUUCUGCCCAAGACCUGUAAACAGACUUUGGUGUUCCAAAUUGUUGGAGUUCCCCUUUAACUAACGACAUCUCUGAGAUAUGCAUGCUGCAGUUUAAACAGUCUCGUUCAAGAUGCUGCAAUGAAGUCAUCAUUACUAGAUACAAUUCUCUUUUUGCCAAUUGGUGUUUGCAAUAAAAUAAAGAGCAAAUCUUAAUUGUUUUCCGCAGUAUAUAUUACUUCAGGGUUGGCGCAAGGGGAUAUGAUGUUAGCUGUGGAAAGAAGCGCCUGUGUCAGGGGUACCAGGCGCUUUUGAGGUGGUGAUUGCCGAUGUGCACAUUCACACUCAUGUUUCAGGUAACCUUGUUCUUUAGAAUGAAAAUAAAGGAAGGUGGUAAUAGUUAGUGAAUGCAAGUUCAUUCAAAUAAAACCCUUUACAAAGUUUUUUUUUUUUUUCAUUUAUUUUGCAUCAUUUCAUCCUGGUCUGGACACUAACAGCUCGUCAAACUGUUCAACGACAAUAUGAUGGAUUUUUACUAAGAGUUGAUACAGAGUGUGAGGCCAGAGGAUACCAUUUGUUCCGGUGCAAAACAAGCACUUAUUGUUUGGAAAACUAUGGGACAACCGUAAGUGUUAUUUAACUGAAACAAUGGAACGUAUUUAACCAGAAAGAAUCCAUCUGCUCUGUGGUUUCAGCUUGCACUUACAUUUUGUAAGGCAGACUAACACGAGAAUCAAAUUCCCAUUCAGGUUGGUUUAUUCCCAGAAAUGAAUACAAACAUGCCAAUUCAGGUAUUAAUGUUUAUGUUUUGAAACAGUUGAUGCAUAUCUUUAAUGAACUCCAAACGCAUACUGAGGAGAAACAUUAGCAGCCCUUGCAUGCACGCAAAAUAUACUCACCCCUCAUUUAACUCAGAACAUGUAUUACCUGCUUUCUGGACAUGAAAUCAGCACAUUCAUCCCAAAAGCUGUGAGGAUCUUCUGUUCUAUGCUUUUCCUUUAGGAUAUUUGCUUAUACGAGAGAGAAGACAGAUUUCUUUUGACACAUAUGUUCAAGGAGCAGAGGAGGAGAAAAAAAAGUGUUGAACUGAUUUCAAUGUGAAUUUUCUUGCCUCUAGUGUAUAUGUGUAAUUACAUGUGAAUUGUACUGUAAAUAUGAUAUCUUUCACUUAAUAGUUCUUAAUGCAUGAACAAAAACAUGGCAGUUCGUAAUACCAGCUAGCCUCACUGCUAAUGGCAUGGACAGCUUCUCUAGCAUUGGCAUACUUCUGCAAACGAAACCUUAAAAAAAAAAAAAAAACGAAACACAAGAAAUACAUGGUGUGGACAAAAUAAUGGAGAAAUCAAUGCAAAGUCCUCUCACAGUGAAGGAGUUUCUGGUGGCUCUGAGCUUGUAUUGGUUCACCUGCUCCCUCAAGAACAAGGCUAAGACUGCCACUGGAUAUUGCAGUAUGUCUUAGUUCACUGUCAGCGAACGGGAUGGUGACAUCUUGAAUGAAAUUCUCGAGUUGGGUUUUCCCAUUUACCAUACCGGAAUUAAGGAUUUGCAGCAGAUUUCAGCACAGUAUGCCUGCAGCGUUUACCUCAGCCAUCAACAAAUCACUGAAUCGUCCAGGAAUCUGCUAAAAAUACUAAGGGCAUGAUCGGCUAGCUGGCUUAUAGAGGCUAGAGGAGCAGGAUAGCCUUAAGAAGGCGAGUGGGAUGUUCUUUUCCUGUUCCUCAAUAAGACAGUCACGUGUGCCCUUGAGCAAGGCACUUAGCCAAUUGCCCAAGUGCAGCUGCUCACUUGCUUACAAUAGAGGUCUAUGUCUGUGUGGGUUAGCUCCCAGAAGCAAAUAUGUUUAGCUAUGUGAGGGUAUUGAUAGGAAAUUGUCCCCUGGAUAAAUGCAAAGAUAAAACAGUUCCACAAGUGUCCCUUGGUUCUGUUAAUGAGAGGUCCGGUGUGAAGGAUUUAGGGGGAUAUGUUGGCAGAAAUUGAAUAUAAUAUCACAAGUAUGUUUUCUUUCGUGUAUAAUCACCUGAAAAGAAGAAUCGUUGUGUUUUCGUUACUGUAGAAUGAGCCGUUUAUAUCUACAUAUGAAGCGGGUCUUAGACCACUGAGAUCGCCAUGUUUCUACGGUAGCCUAGAACGGACUGAACACCAAACACUGACUCUAGAUAGGGACAUUAAGAGUUUUUACUGGUUUAAAUCAACGGGUCCAUUUGUUUUAGAGAGGCGGAGGAGACCUCUGUGGGUAAUUCCACUCCUGGUAAAAUCUACCUGAACGUCUGGAUCUUAAGUUGUCAGUUGUUAAGUUGUAGAAAAACAGAUUUUAAACUUGAUACUGCUUUCGUCAGUGUUUUUACCGCUUUAAAUCACCUGGUCCGUUUGUUUUAAGAGGAAAAGACAUCUCAGAAUAAUUCAGUUCCCGCUAAAAAACAUCUGAACUGUGAACGCUGAAGGAAAUCUAACCGGGAGAAGUUUCAGCUGGUUGCAAGCUGCAAUUCUUGCCACUAGAUGCCACUACUUCCCCCAAAAUCUUACACACAGCUCCUUUAGGCCUUUUUUUGUAGUGUGAUUAUACUUUGUCAUUUUUUUGUUGACUCCAGUCUUCAUGUUAGGGCGUUUCAUCUGGGAUUACGCCAAUCCCAGAUAACAGAUAUGCACGACGGGCCAAACCUGUGAACACAAAAGUGUUGUGUGAGUCAUGAAUAGCACGGAGCCCGACCUCCGAUAAAAGAGUGGACCACAAACACGAAAGAAAAUUUCAUCCACCAAACACCAGAACUUGGCUGACAGACUCCUCACUGUUGGAGGAACUUUUGCUGGUGCAUUCAUUAUUUUGUAUGUACCGUGUAGGUUUUGUUUUGCAUGACCUGAGUUUUGAAAGGUUUAUUUUCAUAUAUUUUUACUCCACGCCAUCCGAAUUCAUCUCCACAGCCAGGAAAAGAAAGAUCCAGUGUUUACAUGCUCAAAUUGCACUUGUUUUACAGCCAGCUCUAUAAAAUCUUGUGAAACAAACUGUUCGUAAAACUGGAGGAAAAAUGUAAACGUAGAACGUACACGCUGUGAUUCAUGCGAAUCAUGAAUAUGUACUUCUAUACAAUGUAUUUACUGUAAAUCACGCAAUUUGGAAUAGAUGCACCAAGUGCAUGUUGUAGUUUUAUCAGGUUCAGCAUUAACAUCAACCGCCCUUCAACUACAAAGGAUGUAAAGGAUGCUCACAAGUAGCAUCUGAACGUAAGCCAUGUGAUUGCACACUGAGUGGGCGUUCCCUGUAUUUUCUCUUUAAUAAGUUGCCUCUGGUUCAGGUCUGUUGUCAAUUACCGUAUGAUGAUGCUUGCAAGAAGCUGUGCUGAUUCCCAGUUACACAUCAGUAUACCUCCCUCUUUGGAAGAGCAUACCAGGGAGACUAUCUCAUGUUUAACCAGUAAGUAAGAAAGUUUUUUCCAACACUUUAUAGGGAAAAAAAUUGGCAACAAAAAGAAAGAAACCCACAAGACCAAUAGACCAUUUAUUUUUCAAUAUGAAUUAGUAAAUGAUUUGAUUCAUUUCUGUGUUCAUUUCUGAUUUAUUGUAUUUGUUGCAUUUGUUAUGGAUUGUUAUUCUUACUGUUGUUGUUGUUUUAUCAUAAGAAGGAAAUGUAAUUCAUCUGAUAUACUGGCACUGGAAGAAAAAUGCAUUUGGUUUUUGUACUGUAAUUGUUUUGUUCACAUUGGGCGUUUAUUUGAUUCAGUUGUUUAAUAAGGUGUUUGAUUUCAUUUGGAGUAUCAGUACUCAUGGAAUCAACAUUUGUGUAGUAUGAAGUUGUAUUUUUUUUGUCAGUGCAAAUUAAUGUUAUAGUGUCAAUCAGCUUUUUUAGGUGUUUGAACAAAAUGUGUUUUUUACAAAUACAAGGUGUUCAAGUAUGUGGUAUAAAAAGGGUUAUCAUUCAAACAACAGACUUUUUACAAAUAAAGGCUUAUACAGUAAAGAAAGCUAAUGUCUUUUCAUUUGCCCUUUGAGGACUAAUAUUCUACAUUGUUUCAUUUGACUUUUUAUUAAUUUAUUUUCAGAUAUUAGUCCGCAAAAGGUAAAUAGCAUACAAUGUUGCAAAAUAAAGAGGAUAAAAUCAGGUAUUUACCAUUGCUAUUCCAGGUUGUUGUCAGAGCUCUCACCUCUUAGUUGGUGUCUUGCUUUUGAUAAGGACUGUUGAACAUGAAGACAGUCUGAAAAACUAAAUUUAAGAAAAAUCAAGAGUAUCUUCUUUUAAUUUGAUUACAAAACAUUGCGCGUUUAUGAGAAUAUACCUCCUUUCAUACCCUAUUUCCUGAAUAAAGACGCAAAGUGACUCCUGC